AUGGCUUCAAACCGCCAGCGGGCGCAUUCAUCGUCGCCAGGUCCCGAGGAUGACCCCGAUCUUGCCCUAGCCAUUGCACUUUCCUUGCAGGAACAAGAGAAUGCCAGAAGCGAGGAUACUGAAACAGCACCUUCUACUGCAAGGUCUUCGGAACAGAUCCCUAAGCCGUCCCCUGCUACUAGCUUUAGAUCCUUGGCUCUCGACAGAAGGAGGAUGGAGGAGGAACGUCUUGCGAGACUCAAGAAACGUUCGGCGACUCAAGCCGAGCUCGAUGAUCAGCAUCAGAGACCAAAGCUACAGCGGCCUGAAGUGUCACAAGGGCAUAAGGCCUCCAAUACUUCCUUUGGUCCAUCAAAGUCAACGAAUACAGCAGGAGAUGCGCCUCAGCUACCGUUCUCAAAGGGCGCCUUCAAGCGAACUUGGGCUUUCGGAUACCCCAGAACCGGCGAGGACAUCAAGAUCGAGGAGGUCCUCCAGAAGGACAAGCUGCAGCUGGCCGUACUCUCGUCCUUCCAGUGGGACGAGGAGUGGCUCCUCUCCAAGGUCGACGCCCGACAGACGAAGAUGCUUCUGGUUGCCUAUGCAAACAAUGAGGCCGAGGUGCGUAUUCUGGUGCAAUAA